AUGGGUCAAUCUUCUGAGCCUGAUGGCCGAGACUCUACCCACUAUAUUCCUACUCCAAAACUGGUGUACUUCGGGAACGAGUUCCCUAACGAUGACGUGAAUGAGUUAUUCCGCCGCCUGCAACAGCACAGCAAGGACCGUCGAUUCCGACUUCUCAGUGCGUACCUGGAGGACUCGAUCUUGGUACUGCAGGAUGAGAUAGCCAAACUCCCACACUCUGUGAAUAGCCGGGUGCCGCAUUUUGACAACAUCGUGACUUUGUCUGAGAAUGGUUAUUUACGAGAGUUGGGCCUCGGUGCGGCCAUGGAAAGUGCCUUUUUACUGAUAUUGCAGCUUAGUUUAUUUAUUGGACAUCAUGAGGCUAUUGACAGCGACUUCGAUCUUCCGAAAGAUGUCACCAUCGUGGCUGGCCUUAGCGUGGGCCUUUUUUCCGCAGCCGCUAUAGCCCUUUCAAAUUCGCUUGCGGAGGUCAUAAAGAACGGAGCAGAAUGUCUCAGGGUAUCCUUUCGGCUGGGCGUUUACGUGGGCGACUUUUCCAGCAAGCUGGAGGCCCCACAGCCGGAGGGUGCACUUGCAAGCUGGGCUUAUGUUGUUACCGGCAUGGAAAGGGACUCGGUCCAGAGCGAGUUGACGCGGGUUAAUCAAGACUUGGGAACUCCUGAGAUGUCCAAGGUCUUCAUUAGCGCGGCUGAUAAUUCUUCUGUGAGCGUCAGUGGGCCGCCAUCACGUAUCAAAGCGGCUUUCUUGCAUUCCAGUGACCUGCGAUACUCAAAGUCCCUUGCUCUACCCGUGUACGAUGGUCUUUGCCACGCCAACCAUAUAUACAGCCAGGAUGAUGUUAAUGAAGUUUUGAACACUCCGAUGUCCCUUAUUCCGACCACACGGCCGCUACGACUCUCUGUAAUAUCAUCACGGACAGGGAAGCCCUUUACAGCCACCACGGCAAGCGGUCUGCUUUCAGAAAUCGCCACCGAGUUGAUCACGGGCACUAUCUAUCUUGACAACAUAAUCAAGGGCAUUCAACACCACAUUGGGGCCUUCUCCGGAGCGGGGAUAUGUCGCAUCGACUCAUUCCGCACCUCCAUCAUCUUCAAAAGUAUUCUUGAGGCCAUCGCCGAAGACCACCCUAGGGUUACUAUCAGAAAAAAUGACCUGGUAGAUUGGGUUCACAAGGAUUUUGGUCCUCAACUUCGUAAUAACCCUGCAAAUUCCAAAUUGGCCAUUGUCGGCAUGUCAUGCCGGAUGCCUGGUGGGGCGAACGACCCUGAAGAGUUCUGGCAGCUGCUUGAACAAGGCCGUGACGCCUGUACAACAAUCCCUCCAGAUCGGUUUGACCUCGAAACGCAUUAUGACCCGACUGGCAAGACCGAAAAUGCAGCUCAGACCCCAUAUGGUAAUUUCAUCGACCGGCCUGGCUAUUUCGACGCUGCAUUCUUUUCAAUGUCUCCUAAAGAGGCUGAACAGACAGACCCAAUGCAGCGGCUCGCUAUAGUGACUGCUUUCGAGGCCAUGGAGAUGGCUGGUCUCGUGAUUGGACGUACACAAUCUACUAGGCGCGACCGGAUUGGCAGCUACUACGGCCAGGCCAGCGAUGAUUGGCGUGAGCUGAAUGCGUCGCAGAACAUCGGCACCUACGCCGUGCCUGGGGGAGUGCGAGGUUUCACUGUUGGCCGCAUUAAUUAUUUCUUCAAGCUCUCGGGCCCCUGUCUUUGUAUCGAUACUGCAUGCUCAAGCUCGAUGGCUGCGGUGCAUGCGGCUUGUAUGGCACUCUGGGCGGGAGAUAUUGAUGUCGCAUUAGCUGGUGGCGUCAAUAUUAUAACAGAUCCAGAUAACUACGCGGGUCUGGGAAACGCCCACUUUCUCUCCCCAACGGGCCAAUGCAAGGUCUGGGAUAAAGGAGCAGAUGGUUACUGCCGUGCCGAGGGAGUUGGCUCUGUUGUUAUUAAACGGCUGGAGGAUGCUGAGGCUGAUAACGAUAACAUUCUAGCAGUCAUACUUUCAGCCGCAACAAAUCAUUCUGCAGAUGCUAUUUCAAUCACGCACCCCCACGCUGGCCAUCAGAAAGAGAACUGCCGCAAUGUUCUGCGCAAAGCAGGUAUUAGUCCACUGGAAGUGGGCUUUGUUGAGAUGCAUGGCACUGGUACUCAGGCUGGUGAUGCUAUAGAGUCAGAGUCAGUUCUGGAUGUAUUUGCACCUUUGAAGCCUCGGCGCCGUGCAGAUCAACGGCUAUAUCUCGGUGCUGUAAAGAGUAAUAUCGGUCAUAGUGAGGCAGCCGCUGGUAUCUCCUCGCUCGUCAAAGUACUGUUGAUGUUUCAGAAGAAUGCCAUUCCCCCACAUAUUGGCAUUAGGAGCGAGGUAAAUCCGCAGCUCCCGAAGGAUUUGGACCGGCGCAAUGCUGGGCUGGUAUUCCAAACAACGCCAUGGACUAAACCCGCAGCCAAAAAGCGCAUCGCCCUGGUCAACUCCUUCGGUGCCCAUGGCGGAAACACUACAUUAUUACUUGAAGAUGCCCCGGAACGUCAGAGGCCGCGCGUCAGUCCUAUGAGUGCAGAUGGACGUUCUGCCUACGCAAUUACAGUCUCUGCCAAGAGCAAGAAGUCGCUGCAGGGGAAUCUCAGUAACCUUCUUGCCUACCUCGAGCAGAAUCCCGAUAUUGAUCUGGCAGACUUGUCAUACACGACCUGUGUCCGGCGUACGCAUCACAAUCUACGUGUUGCUACUGUAGUGUCCAGUAUUCCUGGGUUGCAGAAGUUUCUGCGCUCGUCGAUCGACAAUAAUGUUGCAACCACAGUGCAAUCAGUCCCAGCUAACUCACCCUCUGUGGUUUUUGCCUUCACCGGCCAGGGAGCCUCCGACCCUGUGGCCUGUCAGGAGCUAUUCGACGCGUUCCCCGCGUUCCGUACCCAUGUCUUGCAGCUAGACCAGCUUGUCCAACGCCUGGGCUUCUCGUCGGUCGUGCCUGCUCUCACAGACAGCACGGGUGAGGGGUUGUUGUCUCCAGUGGUGAGCCAGCUCAGCAUCUUGGUCUUGGAAAUUGCCCUCGGGCGUUUCUGGCGUACUCUUGGGAUACGGCCCAGUGCAGUAAUCGGUCAUAGCCUUGGGGAGUACGCUGCGCUUGAAGUCGCUGGGGUACUGUCAGCUGCGGACGUUCUCUACCUCAUCGGUCGCCGCGCGCAAAUUACCGAACAGCAUUGCAAGCCGUAUAGUCAUUCCAUGCUGUCAGUACUGGCUUCACCGGAGGAAAUUGAGCGACUGCUUCGACGAGUGCCCGAUACCUCUAAUAUAGAGUACGAAGUAUCUUGCCAGAACACCCACAAGGACACAGUUCUUGGUGGGGCGCAGGCCGACAUCGAGUCUAUUCGCAAGGUACUCGAAUCGAACAGCUAUAAGUGUGUUCUUCUGGCAAUCCCAUUCGCUUACCACACCUCUCAGAUGGAUGUGGUGGUAGAGGAACUGGAAAAAAUCGCCGAAAACAUACCAUUCAAAGCUCCAAAUGUUCCUGUCCUAUCCACCAUGCUUGGUACUGUGGUUUUCGACGGCAAGACCAUUAACUCGUCAUAUCUGCGCCGCCAAACCCGGGGCACGGUCAAGUUUGCUGCUGCGGUUGAAGCUGCACAAGAUAUGGGCCUGGUUGAUAGUAAGACGGUCUGGGUUGACUUAGGCCCGCACCCUAUCUGCAUCGGCUUUAUCCGCAAGAUACUUCCAGAGUCGAGACUCGCAGCUUCGUGUCGUCGCAAUGAAGAAAAUCUCUAUACACUUACCAAGAGUCUUGUGACACUGCACCUGGCAGGCAUCACGCCAAUUUGGAAUGAAUAUUUUCGACCUAACGAGCAGGCGUACGCAUUGCUCAAUCUGCCCAGAUAUAGCUGGAACGAGACUAAUUAUUGGAUACCAUACCUGGGAACUUGGACACUUGAUAAAGCACUUCUAAAGUACGGCACGGUCACCCCCGGGUCCAAAACACCUGCAACACUCGCCGCAACAGGGCUGCGAACCUCAACAAUCCACCAAACGACGCUCGAGAAUAUCGAGUUCACGAAGGCCACACUGCACGUAUUGAGUGAUAUGCAGGCUCCCGAGUUCCGCGCCACCUUGCAUGGACAUACCAUGAACAACUGCGGUGUAGCCACCUCGUCUAUUUGGACGGACAUGGCGUGGGCGGUGGGUGAUUAUCUGUAUCGCAAGGUAGUGCCCCAUGCAAAGGAGGUGUACAUGAAUGUCUGUGAUCUGGAGGUUCUACAUGCCCAGGUCAGCAGCACGGUUAAGGGGUGCUCUCAGCCACUUGCACUCGAGGCAAACCUGGACCUGGAAUCGCAAUACAUGUCACUAAAAUGGUACAAUGUCAGUGCUGUGACAGGAGAGCGAGAUGCUGAAUGGUUCGCCUCGGCUGCAGUCCGCUUUGAGAAUCCAGAUGCAUGGACCGCUGAGUGGAACCGCACGGCGCAUCUAGUUCUGGGGCGAAUUGAGACUUUGCAGCGCCUGGCCGCCGACGGCGUGGCCAACCAUAUCUCUAAGCGCCUAGCAUACACUCUUUUCAAGAACGUUGUCGAUUAUUCCGACUGGUAUCGCGGCAUAGAUAAUCUGAUCAUGCAUGAAUAUGAGGCUGUUGCUAAUAUCACGCUCAAUCCAGAUCGUCAUGGCGUCUGGCACACGCCACCUCACUGGAUUGAUAGUGUCUGUCACCUGGCAGGGCUUAUUAUGAAUGGCAGCGAUGCCUCCAACACACAAGACUUCUUCUAUGUCACGCCAGGCAGUGAUAGCUUCCGCCUCCUGAAGCCACUCGAAGCCGGGGCAAAGUAUGUCAGCUACGUCCGGAUGUUCCCUCUACCAGUGGAGGCCGGGAACAUGCACGCAGGUGAUGUCUACAUUCUACGGGACAAUGUUAUCGUCGGUGUGUUGUGCCAGAUCCGUUUCCGGCGUGUGCCACGACUCUUGUUAAGUCGGUUCUUUUCACCCCCCAAUGAUUCUGACAAUGCCGUCGCCCAUCACACGCCCGCGCCUCAAGGGACCCAAGCCCCGAGUGUUUCGGCAACCACCAAAUCGUCGCAGCCGCGGUAUAACGGACUGGCUACAAAGCCCAGCCACGUACAGACCGGUCAUAUAGCGGCGGUUGCAUCUGUGAGUCAGGAUCGGUGCACUACUAGUAGUAGCGGUCGUGGAAGCGAUGGUGAUGGCUGUGUUUCUAUGGGCAGUGAGGCUUCGACCGCCUGUACUACCACCACACCUCCUGAAUCGGAAAGCACCGACUCGACAUUGGUUGAACAGUGCAUCAAAAUCAUAUCGCGAGAGACAAAACUGAAUAUGAGUGAUCUGACGGCUGACGCCACCUUUGCCCAGCUCGGAGUUGAUUCCUUGAUGUCUCUGGUGCUGUCAGAAAAAUUCCGCAAUGAGCUCGGUAUUGAUGUCAAGAGUUCUUUGUUCAUCGAGUGUCCGACAAUCGGUGAGGUGAAAGAAUGGAUUGAUCAGAAUUGCUGA